GGGGCGGGCCAUGGGGGGAGCUGCUUCCGGGUGAGUCGCCCCGCCCCCACGUGGGCUCGGGCUUUUAGAGCGGGAGACCGCGGUGGCCGGGGCACGGUGUUGUGGAACGCGGAGCGCUUUGUCUAGCAGAGUGAAGCCUGCAGCACACACCCCAAGAACCUAGAUUCCAACCAUCUGACUGCCUUGUACCCAGCUGGCCCACACCAUGCAACACCAGUCUGUUCUGCACAGUGGCUACUUCCACCCACUGCUUCGGACCUGGCAGACCACUGCCACCACCCUCAGUGCCUCCAACCUCAUCUACCCCAUCUUUGUCACGGAUGCUCCUGAUGAUGUCCAGCCCAUCACCAGCCUCCCAGGAGUGGCCAGGUAUGGUGUGAACCGUCUGGAAGAAAUGCUGAGACCCCUGGUAGAAAAGGGCCUGUGCUGUGUCCUGGUCUUUGGUGUCCCCAGCAGUGUUCCCAAGGACGAGCGAGGCUCUGCAGCUGACUCUGAGGAGUCCCCAGCUAUUGAGGCUAUCCGUCUGUUGAGAAAGACCUUCCCCAACCUCCUGGUGGCCUGUGACGUCUGCCUGUGCCCCUACACCUCCCAUGGUCACUGUGGACUCCUGCGUGAGAAUGGAACAUUGCUGGCUGAGGAAAGCCGCCAGCGGCUAGCAGAGGUGGCACUGGCCUAUGCCAAGGCAGGAUGUCAGGUAGUAGCCCCGUCAGACAUGAUGGAUGGACGUGUGGAGGCCAUCAAGGCUGCCCUUCUAGCACACGGACUUGGUAACAGGGUCUCAGUGAUGAGCUAUAGUGCCAAAUUUGCUUCCUGUUUCUAUGGACCUUUCCGGGAUGCAGCUCAGUCAAGCCCAGCUUUUGGAGACCGCCGUUGCUACCAGCUGCCACCUGGAGCCCGGGGCCUGGCCCUCCGUGCAGUGGACCGGGAUGUUCGGGAAGGAGCCGACAUGCUCAUGGUGAAGCCUGGAUUGCCCUACCUGGACAUAGUGCGGGAGGUAAAGGACAAGUACCCAGAGCUCCCCCUUGCAGUAUACCAUGUGUCCGGAGAGUUCUCCAUGCUGUGGCACGGAGCCCAGGCUGGGGCCUUUGAUCUCAAGACUGCUGUACUGGAGGCCAUGACAGCCUUCCGCAGAGCCGGUGCUGAUAUUAUCAUCACCUACUACACACCCCAGCUGUUACAGUGGCUGAAGGAGUGAUUGGAAAGUAUGUUGGACUAGAGAACUUGAUCUUGACAAAGCUCCCUAGGCCUUGGAGAAGUGAAAGCCAAAGUAAAUGCUGCUGUUAGAACUGUGCCCUGUGCCCUCUUCCUGCCCACGUGCUUGUGGGUGCAGUGCCUGGGUGGUUUCUGCCAGCAUGCUAAACUUGCACCACUCACAGCUGCAUCCUCCCAGACCCUCCAAGCUCCCCACCCUGGCUCAGCCUGGAGGCUGACCUCUGCCCACAGCACUUUCCUAAGGUGUUGCUUCAGCUUAGCAGGAUCCAAGAAUGCUAGGCACAGGCUUGGGUCGUUGGUCCAAGAGAAGAGCAGUUGGACCUUGACCCCAAAGAAGACUUACUCAUUAAUGAAGAUCAAAAUCCAGAAACAGGAGUUUCUGGCUAUAUGAGAUGCCGUCACCAAAAUGGCUUUUUAUUCACAAGACAAUUCUUGAGACCCUCUGCUCUGUGCCCAGGGCGAUGUGGACACAGCAGAAACAAGUUGAAGCUUUCUCUGUAAAAAUUUAUGCACAGAGAAAAGUGGGGAGACAGAUAAGACAACAAACAAAGCAGUUCAAGUUGUGAUAAUGUUUAGGAAGAAAAAGGGUCUAAGGCAGAGAAGCUGUCCCUGAAGUGAGACCCCAGAGGGACAAGGAAAUGUCUUCAAAAGGGGCCAGGAGACAUUUUCAGAGAGCCUUCAGUGGGAGGAGCUUGACAGGUUUGGAGGUAGGGAAGGAAGAGGAAGGUGCACUAGAGGUUGGAAAGGGGAGCUCCCACACCUGGCACAGACCUUAGGUUUUAUUUUGCAUCUGGUGGGCAGCCAUCUUAAAGAUUUGGAGUGUUUUGUUUUAGUUGGUUUUGCACUGCUGGGCAUUAAACCCAUGGCCUCUUCCCUCCAGGCAGGCACUCUGCCACUGAGCUAUACUUCUAGCCCUUGAGGAAACAUUUUGGAGACAAAAUGAGAGAUUUUGCCAGUGCUUUGAAUGGGGAGGGGGGGGGCAGGCUAGGGGAACAAGGGAAACAAUGUUGCUGCCUAACUGGUUUUGUUUCAUUCUUCUGAUACAUGACACAGGGACCUCACCUCUUUACCUCAAAUGAAAGAACUGGUUUGCAGGUUCUUCAGAGAUGAAGUCCCUACUCUGGCAUCAAAGCCAGUUCAGAAUAAAGCACUACCAUCUUUUUUUUUAAUGUAGGAUUGGCAUUAUAAGCUGACAGCUCCUGCAGUCAGAUUGAUCACUUUCAGUACUUGGUGGCUUUUGUUAAGAGCUAAUUUGAGAAGCCAUUACUGGGCCAGGGGUAGACUGUAGCAGAAACUUUCUGUCUUGGUGUCUAGACCUCCAGUUUCACAGUCCCUGAGCUGUUUUCUGGUUAAAGUGGUUAGUGUGGAAAGGGGUUUUUCUAGGCCAUCUCGGGCCCAUCACUGCCAGGCCAGUACGAAGAACUGCGAGACAUGUAGCCCUGCAGGAGCAAAUGAUCCAGAGGUUGCAAACAAAUGUGUGUCCAAGAGUACAUGGCAAAGAGUGAACAGACAGGAUGGCAAGUGUGAAGGCCACCAGGUCUUGACCUGCUUUGAAGGAUCAGAAAAUAUUUCCUGGAGGACUAGCUAGUUUAGAUAAGUUACCAAACUGAGGGAGGGUUACUCAAGAGCAUUUCAUAGAGAAGGAACCAUUGUGCAAAGGCCCAGGGCUAAAAGGGAGCUGAAUGAGCACAAGGUUGGUAUGGUUGGGGCAAAACAGUACAAGAACAGGUAACCUAGGGGCUAGAUGACUGUUCUUGCAGAGGACCCAGGUUCAGUUCCCAGUACCCACAUGGCAGCUAACAACUCUUGUAACUCCAGCUCCAAGGGAUCUGAUGUCCUUUUCUGGCCUCUGUGGGUAUCACAUAGACUUGAUGCACUUACACACCAGUAAAACACUCAUACAUAAAAUAAAAACAAUUUUUUAAAAAGGCCUAAAAAUAGUCUCCAACCAGGGCCAAAACAUGCAGGGGCUCAAAUGCCACAUUAGCCUUUUCCAGCUUUAUUCCAAGAUGGAAGGAAGACGUGUAGAGGAUGUUAGCAGGUAAAUAACACUAUCUAAUCUGAAUUUUCUCAGACCGUCUUGGUAGCUUUGCCAAGGUGCAGAUGAGGUAUUUGUGUGGCCUAGAGUGACCAUGGGGAUGGAGAAGAGAUGGAUUUAGGAUGUAAAUAGGGGAUAAAUUAGGCAGGAGGGAUGAACUUGCCUGGACUGGGUAGCAGGUGGACCAGCUACUAAGAAUCCUAGGGGAGAACAGGUUUAGGGUGGACCAAGAGUGCUAAAUUUAGCUUGGGGUGCUUUGCAAUGACAAAGGUCCAUCUAGAGAGGUGAUGGCUCUAACCAAGACAAGUCAAGUUAGUGGCAGAACUUUCCACAGCAACAGAAAACCAGCCCUGGAAUUGUGAACUAAUUUCCACAGCCUCUGCCUUUAACCAUGCGUUAUGCUUCCCAGUAUGCAGAAGGUAAAGUAUGGGCAUAACACCAUGUGGAAUUAGCUUUGAUAUGGGAGGAGGUCCAGGAGCCCAUUUUCCUUCAGGCAUCUCCAUCUAUGUGGGUAAUACCUCUGGAGCCAAGAUUUGUCACCUGAGGUUUCCACCUGAUGGCAGCAGCCCACAACGUUUUUAUGUGCAAAGCACUAACAGGCCAGAUGUGAUGGCUUGUACCUGUAGCCUCUGCACUUAGAAGGUUGUUGAGGCAGGAGUGCUACAAAUUCAAAACCAACCCAGGCUGUAGAGUGAGAUCAUUAAGAAAAUAAUAGAAACAGACUGGGAAUCAGCUAGAAGGGUCGUGGUUGUCCUGUGGCUCUGCACCCCUCAGAGAGACUGUUGUGUGGCCCAGUAGUAAUUCUGUCCUGAAUAAAGUACUAGGUUUUCACA